AUGACCGUCGACGCUUCCACCUUCCAGUCCAUCCUCGUCCAGUUCCCCAUCCCCGACGAGGAUCUGCAGCGCAUCCAGAACGAAUUCAAGACUGUCUAUCACUACCCCAAGCGGAAUGCGGUCGUCCCCGAUGAGGUGUAUGCGGACAUUGAGGUCGCAUUCCUGAACACCAUGUGGGGCUUCCCCGAGUCGCUCAGGUCUCUUGAACAGAUGCCCAAGCUCCGUCUCAUCCAGACCAACGCAACGGGUGUGGAGGUAACAAUCAAGCACCCCGCUCUUCAGGCCGCAACCCCCGAGCAGCUGGCCUCCCUUGUUCUGUCCAACUCCUGCGGAGGUUACUGUCUGGGAAUCCCCAACUUUGUCCUCAACUACAUCACCGGCCUCUACAACUCAAUUCCGUCCAUGAUCUACUACCAGCGCGUCAAGAAGCGCUGGGCUGAGCCAUCUGACAUCAUGGACGAUGCUCGCCGGGUUGGCGCUUACGGUGCCCGUCCCAUCUAUGGCAAGACAUUCGGAUUCCUUGGCUAUGGAAGCCUCGGUCGCGAGUUUGCCCGCGUUUGUACCAUUUUCCCCAAGUCUAGGAUCAUCGCUGCGAACUCCACUGGUACCCGCACCGUCGAUGACACCUUCACCUUUGAAGGAACUGGAGACCUCGAGGCCAAGCUGCCAGAGAAGAUGUACUCCACCAGCGACCCCGAGGCAUUCAAGGAAUUCAUCUCUGAGUGUGACGUCCUCGUGUCCUCCCUGCCCUCCACAGCCAAGACCACUCACCUCCUUGACGCCGAGAAGCUCUCGUGGAUGAAGCCUCAUGGUGUGUUCAUCAACGUCGGUCGUGGAACCCUCAUCAAGUCGGAGGAGAUUAUCAAGGCUCUGGAUGCCCCCAACGGCCUGCUCGGUGCAGCGAUCGAUGUCACCGACCCCGAGCCCCUCCCCACCGACCACUUCCUUUGGGACCACCCUCGUCUCAUCAUCACCCCGCACCUGUCUGGUGAGGCGGAGAACGAGUUGAGCCAGUCCACCACUAUCUUGCUCGCCAACGUCAAGUGUCUCCGUGAGGGCAAGCCUCACCUUAACGACGUCAGCUUUGCAAAGGGGUACUAG